AAAUCCACUACAUAUACAUUACAGACGGGCUAGUAGUAUCUUCUCCCCAGCUCCACCCCUCCUCCAUUAUUGUUUUUUGAGUUCAGAGUCUUUACACAAACCCCCAAAGCUGGCAUUUCUGUCACCUGUCUCUCUUCUCCCAGUCCCCCACCCCACCAUCACUGUUCAUAUACGUACAACUGGAUUUACAUUUCUGUAUAUAAAUGUGUAUAUAUACAUAUUUAACAAUGAUUUGACUAUUUAUUGUGCAUUGAAAGGGCUCUAGACGCCGGAAAUGGAACUGGGUUCAGGUUCCUUUUCAUCUUCUUCCGCCGGCGGCGGCGGCGAUGAUUCCGCCUCUGCCGACUCGUCUCUCAACAUUGGCUUGAAGAUUGGGCAGGAAACUUACUUCAAAGAAGUGGGUUCUGGGGCGGGAACGGGCGGUCGGGUUAAGUCAGGAAAUGGGUCGUCGUCUGCGGCGGGAGGUUCGCUUCCGCCGUCAUCGUCACCAGCGAAGAAAGGGAGGAGCGGAGCGGCGCAGGGCGGGCAGCCGGCGAGAUGUCAGGUGGAAGGUUGCAACGUAGAUCUGAGCGAUGUUAAGGCUUACUACUCACGGCACAAAGUGUGCGCUAUGCACUCCAAGUCUCCGACCGUCGUCGUCGCCGGAAUUGAGCAGAGAUUCUGUCAGCAGUGCAGCAGGUUUCAUCAACUGCCUGAAUUUGAUCAAGGAAAAAGGAGCUGCCGCAGGCGCCUUGCUGGCCACAAUGAGCGGCGGAGGAAGCCUCCGCCCGGAACUCUCUUCUCGCCACGCUUUGGGAGCUUGUCUCCACCAUUAUUUGCUGCUACAGAUAACAACAGCAAAGCAAGUGGAGGUUUUCUCAUGGACUUCAGUUCAUACCAAAACCCCAGCGGAAGGGAGUCGUGGCCUGACCCAAGAGCCUUCGGACAAGCAUGGGAUGGACGAAGCACUCCCCCGGGAAGGUUUCACCAACAGGGAUGGCAGCACAGCAACUCAGAAGAAGCCCAACCUGAGCUGCUUCUUCAAGGCUCGGCGUACCACGGUUCGAACAAUGUUGUUCCUUCAGAAGAAUGCUUUGAUGGGGGGAUCCCGCCCAACAAUUGUGCUCUCUCUCUUCUGUCAAAUCAGCCCUGGGGCUCCAGAAACCAACCGUUGGGUCUUGAGGUUAAUAGUAGCAGCGGGUUCGUAGGCGCACCUGAUGGGACACCCGCGGUCCAUCCAUCUUCCGACUUUUCGAACCCGCCAUGGGGGUUCAAGGUUAGUCAAGGCUCUAGCAGCUCGAGUGAGAUGCUGCCUGAUCUUGGGUUAGGUAAGAUCUCCCAUCCUAAUGCUGAUGGUCACUACUCGGGUGAGAUUGGGAUGGCUCAGGAGAAUGAAAAUGCAAGAGAGUACCUGGGAUUGGAGCACUCGAGGGGUUAUGAUUCUUCCCUUCACAACAUGCACUGGAGCCUCUGACCUCUCUUUACUAAGGUUUUCUGUAGGCAUCUACUUCAAGUUUUGUGGUGUAAUCUAUGUGCUCCUCUUGGAGAUUAUUAACACAAGGUGACGAUGACUUGGUUAGCCCUUUUUUGUAAGCUCUUUCUUUGUAAUGGGAAAUUUGCUUGUGUCAUAGUUCUUAUCUUUCAAAUAAAAUGUGCAAUCUAUGGAUAGUUUGUUCUCUUUAUCCUCUGAGGCUUGUUUAGUUCCGGAAUUUUGGGAGGAACAAUUUUUAUUUUCCAAUUAUAUAUGGAUCGGAGUAGUUAUUUUCCAAGUAA